AUGCAAUUUCUCCGCGGCUGCCCUCGAAGAAGUGGCCAGGACCUGGCAAAUGUGCCUUUUGUACACCAACGGAUCGGUUUGGUCACUGGCGCAAACAAUCCGCUUCGAGCCUGCCAAAGUCUUUUCCGGAAGCAUACUUCAACAAAUGAUGAAGAUUUAUGGACAGGGGUUCAUAAUAUUCAAGAAGACAUAUAUAUUAAGUGUGCCACUUUUGACAAGUGGAAACUCCUCGCUGCAUCACAAGCCAUGAUGCUACUUAUUUUACUCAGACUGCGUCAUGGCAGCAACCACGAUGCAUUUCCGGCAGUUGAUAUUGCACUUCUUUAUUCGUUACAGCUACGUACUACCCUGCUCUCUGGAAAUAGGGCCGUUCAUGACUGGCAAGCAUGGAUCUUUCGAGAAUCUUUAAUCCGAACAGCGACCAUUUACUUUUUGAUGAGAAUAUUAGUGUCGACUGAGUGUGGAAUCUCUUGCGAUGGUCCGAAUGAUUGGCGCUUGGAGGAAAUCCCACUCCUAGCCUCGAAGGCGGCAUGGGAGGCUACAAAUGAGAUUGCGUGGGAGGCCGCAUCUAGGAUUUCCGUGGUACCAUCUACGGUGUUAAGAUACGGGGAUUUGAUUGGCACGGAAGGAUAUCAUCCCAAUUCUGGAACCGCGCAUCAAAUUGAGACAUGGCUAGAGGGCGCCGACGAAUUGGGGCUCAUCACGAGUAUUUCUAGCACUCUGGUUAAUCAACACUACAAAACUUAGUCGGCAUCGAUGUACACGAGCCCGACAUGUUUGGGAGAAUAUUGUGGUUCUGCAUGUUUCCGGGAGGCAGAAAGAACAGAAUGAGUUGAAAAUCCGGCUGCGGCGUUGAGUGCCACUGACUCUCCAUUAUGCUGCGAAACUUAUAUAUAGAUACAAGGCCCUAUGUGUUUGUAAAGACCCAG